AUGGCUAAUAGUUUCUAUCGUUUGAUCACUUUACCGCAUUCGUCCCAUAAAUUCAAAAUGAUUAAGGAACCUGUACUUGUGCGACGAAUCUCGACUAGUCGAGAGCAAAAUGCUGAGGAGUUGGAGAAGCGAAGGAGUUCAAUAAUCUGGUCAGUGGUAAAACCGAAAAAGACAGCAGCUAAUUAG